GUGUGUGUGUCACUCCCUCAUCAUCAGCGGCUCGCUGGAAACAUGGCGUCAGUGCACACACGGGCGAGCCUCAACUCUGCAGACGGAUAGCGGAAGAAAGUGUGCACCGGGACUCACACCACGCACUAGCCAUUGCAAAGUCGACCUGUGUUUUCCUGGACAUGUUCUGAUUCAUGCACGGGUGAACGGAGCGCCAUUCCGUCGAUUCGGCCCCGGUUAUGGAGCCUCCGGAUGAAAUCAGGCUCAAGGACUCGUCUAAAGAUGAUCCCCGGCAGAUCACUGAGGUGGAUGAGUCUUGGGACGAGCCCGGCCAGGAAGAGGAGACUCUCUACUGCACCUCCCCUCCCCAAACUUCUCGCCAGAUAAAACGUUUGUCCAUCAAACACCAGAGAAGCAACCCGGGGUCAAAGGGCAAAGAGAAGCCGUGUUCGUCCAGCCCGUUGUCUCAGCGUGAGCGUGAGGGAGCCAGAUCAGCCGAGCCUCCUGAAGAGCACAGCUACAAGCAGGAAAAGAAGCAGCGUUUCAACCAGCGCUCCAACGAGCGGGACGUCAAGAAGAAGUUUGAGGGCGCCUUUAUGCUGGAUCCUGUUUCCAAGUCCAGUACAAUCGGCUCCAGAAACAUGGAUCCCCGCAAGCCCUACCUGAGCCUGGGCAUGAUCCCCGUUCGCCCCCAUCGGCAGACCUCGCGUACAGACUGUCCUGCAGACCGCCUCAAGUUCUUCGAGACCCUGCGGUUGCUGCUUAAACUCACCUCCAUGUCAUCCAAGAAGAAGGAGAAGGAGCAGCGAGGCCUGGAAAACACCGCUUUUAUGGAGCAGAACAACGAGGUCAUCUGGCUGGAGCUGCAGGCCUGGCACGCUCGCCGUAGUGUUAAUGACCAGGACCUGUACCUGUUCACUGCUCGACAACACAUACCUGACAUCAUCAGCGAGGUUUUGCACUUCAAAGUGGACUACAGUAGCCUGUGUGGACUUGAGAGUGGCGCCUCUGUUGAGGAGAGCAACUCCUGUCCUGGUAAAACCAAUUGCAUGGACGAUCCAUUUAGCUUUAGCACAUGCUCCGCGUCCUCGCAGGAGAUUGAUGCUGCCGCUCCGUUUUCUUCAGGGCUGGAGUGCCGCGAGCACCUGCAAAGGCAGCGAGUAGCUUUCGAUCAGGUAAAACGGGUCAUGUCGCUGUUAGAGUCUGUGGAGGCUUUGUACCCUUCUCUGCAAACCUUGCAGAAGGACUAUGAGAAGUAUGCAGCUCGGGACUUCCAGGGCAGGGUGCAGGCGCUCUGCUUAUGGCUCAACAUCACUCAGGACCUGAACCAGAAGCUGCGCGUGAUGGGCACCGUGCUGGGCCUCAGGGACCUUUCCCGCAUUGGCUGGCCUAUCUUUGAGAUCCCAUCACCUCGCUGCUCUCGAGGCAAUGAGGAUGAUGAGGUGGACGAGGAUGAGACAGAGUCCACCGCUACCUUUACUGCCGAAAACAAUGGGGAGGAAAGGACUUUAAGUGAGGCAAACAGUAACGGUGAGCAGUCGGCCUGCUCCCCGCCAACUUUUUCACGCCUUAUGUCAGAGGAGGAGUUCCUCCCUCGGGACAACGAGACCUGCUACUGUCCCACUGCCAUAUACAGGCCGUUUGUGGAUAAGGCACUUAAACAGAUGGGACUGCGUAAAUUGAUCCUCAGACUGCACAAGCUGAUGGACCGCUCUCUGCAGAGGGCCAGAACUGCUCUGUUAAGUCACAUGCCAGCUCAAGAGCUGCCAGCGGUCCCGGGUUAUUCUUUGCAGCACUCUGACUACCUUCCAGAGCUUUCUCGUCACUUUUCCAGUCCAGUUGAAGAGGAGGCAGAGUCGGGACGGGUAUCGUGGCAGGAGCUGAUGGACAUGGACCUGCCCUCUUUCCGACCAGCUUUCCUGGUGCUUUGCCGUGUGCUGCUAAAUGUCAUUCACGAGUGCCUCAAAUUGCGCCUUGAGCAAAGGCCUGCAGGAGAACCGUCCCUGCUCAGCAUCAAACAGUUGGUGCGCGAGUGUAAAGAGGUUCUUAAAGGAGGGCUCCUAAUGAAACAGUACUACCAGUUCAUGCUGCGUGGCGUCGUCACUGACCAUCAAGGUCUGCAGACCAAUGCCAACAUCGACGAGUUCGAGGAGGAUCUCCAUAAAAUGCUGGAGGUGUACUUUGACUACAUGCGCAGCUGGAUCCAGAUGUUACAGCAGCUUCCUCAAGCGUCCCACAGCCUGAAAAACCUGCUGGAGGAGGAGUGGAACUUCACCAAAGUCAUUACUCCAUACAUCCGUGGUGGAGAAGCCCAGUCCGGGAAGCUCUUCUGUGACAUUGCUGGCAUGCUGCUAAAAUCCACUGGAGAGUUUCUGGAUGCUGGCCUUCAGAAGAGUGGCAAUGAGUUCUGGGAGUGUGCAGAAGAGAGCACCGCUUCAGAUGAGAUCAGGCGUUCAGUGAUUGAGACGAGUCGUUCGCUCAAAGAGCUCUUCCACGAAGCCAGAGAAAGAGCGUCUAAAGCACUGGGCUUCGCCAAGAUGCUGCGUAAGGAUCUGGAGAUUGCUGCAGAAUUCAGCUUGACCAGCGGAGUUCCUUCUCUCCUCCAAGCACUGAAGAACAAGAAUUACGUCAAAGUCCAGAUUCCAGGCCUGGAGGAGCUGCAGGUGUUUGUCCCGUGUGAUCUGAUGGAGCAGCGGCUGGUCAUCUUGCAGCUGUUGAAUGCAGCGGCUGGAAAGGACUGCUCUAAAGAUCCGGACGAGAUCCCAGAAAACGAGGGCUACCUGCUGAUGAGCAAACACGGGGUCGGGGAUUCGAACGCAGAUGGAGCCUGGGCUGAAUGGGACGGCACAAUGCUCAAACUGGUACCACAGAUGGAGACAGUGGACACAUUAAGGGCCAUGAAGGUGGACAAUCUGUUGCUGGUGGUGAUGCAGUCAGCUCAUCUGGUGACCCAACGCAAAGCUUUCCAGCAGUCCAUGGAGGAGCUUCUCUCCCUUAGCCGAGAGCAGACUUCCAGUCAGCCGCUCAUCGUCUGCGCUCUGGAGCAACUAAAGAAUGAAGCUCUCCAACUUUGCAUCAAGAUCAAUGAUGCGAUUGACCGUGUGGAGUACAUGUUCACGUCCGAGUUUGAGGCUGAGGUGGAGGAGGCGGAGAAGGCCACGCUGCAGCAGUAUUACAGAGAGGCCAUGAUCCAGGGAUACAACUUUGCUUUCGAGUACCAUAAAGAGGUUGUGCGGUUAAUGUCUGGGGAGUUCAGACGGAGGAUAGGAGAGCGCUACAUCGCUUUUGCCCGCAAGUGGAUGAACUUUGUCCUCACAAAGUGUGAAAGCGGAAGAGGCACUCGUCCAAGGUGGGCGACGCAGGGCUUUGAUUUUCUUCAAGCGAUCGAAGCUGCGUUUAUAUCAGCCCUGCCAGAAGAUGACUUUGUGAGUCUUCAAGCUCUCAUGAAUGAAUGUAUCGGGCAUGUUAUAGGCAAACCACACAGUCCAGUCAGCAGUAUGUACUUUGCAGGCCCACGAAACAGCCCUCGACCUGUGAAAGUCCCCCGCUGUCACAGCGAUCCUCCAAACCCGUACCUUUUCAUCCCUUCAACCCAAGCCGAGGGUUUCAGCUCUCGGAGUCUGCCCUGUGACCUGCGUACCCAGUUGUGUGUCCCAGGUCCCCGUCCCACAGGGGAACAAGGCCACGCCAACAAACCCUCCAAUGACAUCAGAGUCUCGACUGGACAUGAAAAUGACCGUCUGUCGUCUGUGGCCGCGGAGCUGCAGUUUAAAUCCCUCAGUCGACACUCCAGCCCGACAGAGGACAGGGAAGAGCCAUCGUAUCCCAAAGGAGACCCCAGCAGUUCGGCCCGUCGCAGCUGGGAGCUUCGCAACUUCAUUAGCCAGUCUAAAGACACAGCGCGUCAGAGCCCCCUGGAGGCAGUGCGGCGCUCAAUACGAAACUUCGAUGAGAAACACUAUGCGCUCAUGAGACAGAGAAACAUCAUCGGACAGGUUUGCUACACGCCAAAGUCCUACGACAACGUCAUGCAUGUGGGCCUGCGCAAAGUCACCUUUAAAUGGCAGAGAGGAAACAAGAUCGGUGAAGGGCAGUAUGGGAAGGUCUACACAUGCAUCAAUGUGGACACUGGUGAACUGAUGGCCAUGAAGGAGAUUCGCUUUCAGCCCAAUGACCACAAAACCAUCAAGGAAACGGCCGAUGAGCUGAAGAUCUUCGAAGGAAUCAAACAUCCCAAUCUCGUCCGCUACUUUGGUGUUGAGUUGCACAGGGAGGAGAUGUAUAUCUUCAUGGAGUACUGUGAUGAAGGCACACUGGAGGAAGUGUCCCGUCUGGGCCUGCAGGAGCACGUCAUUCGCCUCUACAGCAAACAGAUCACCACGGCUAUCAAUGUCCUGCAUGAACACGGCAUCGUCCACCGAGAUAUUAAAGGAGCGAAUAUCUUCCUCACAUCUUCGGGUCUGAUAAAGCUGGGGGAUUUCGGCUGCUCGGUGAAGCUGAAAAACAAUGCUCAGACGAUGCCUGGAGAGGUGAACAGCACUCUGGGAACAGCAGCAUACAUGGCUCCUGAGGUGAUCACCAGAGCGAAGGGUGAAGGUCACGGUCGAGCUGCUGAUAUCUGGAGUCUCGGUUGUGUUCUCAUAGAAAUGGUCACUGGAAAGAGACCUUGGCACGAAUACGAGCAUAACUUCCAGAUCAUGUAUAAAGUGGGAAUGGGCCACAAACCGCCCAUUCCUGAAAAGCUGAGCACAGAGGGGAAGGAUUAUCUGGCUCACUGUCUGGAGAGCGAACCCAAGCGCCGCUGGACUGCCAGUGCCCUGCUGGACCACCCUUUUGUUAAGGUCUGCACAGAUGAAGAGUGACGAGGAGGACACGUAUUCUCUUAACGUUUACAAAAAUGCUAGCACUACUUCACAUGACAUGAGGGAGGACGAAGGAAGAAACAGAUGCGCUCUGCUCGACAUGAGCCCCUCUGUGAUGCUAAAGCAGGGCAAGUCUUGUACAGCAACACGGGACAGCAAUGUCAUCUAGACGAAUGCGUUAUGUACAUACUGUAAGAAUAGGGUUAGGGGGUUUUCUUUGUACAAAGCAUAUUGUAAAGCUGAAGUUGAUGAGCCACUCUGUUGGUGAUCGAGUCACAGGGAAACACGUGUUCAGAGACGAUAAUUCAAGAGACGUUCAAAGCUUCAGAAAAUGGGAGACUGCUUUUUGACUGAGUGUUCAUUGAAGAAAGCGUACAAACCUGGGACUGAGAAGGUUUUUAAUUUUCUUUUUUGUUAAAAUGGUAUUUUUGUUUGCCUUGCUGCAGAGCCCACUGUUAACAAGUCAUAUUUAAGCCUAUAGGUAGUUGUGCUGCGUCGGCUCAGCCACACGCUGACCGAUGGCGUGCCUUUAUCCUGGUGUUCAAGAGCAUAAUCAACCAAUGAGAGGGAAGAGGCCAGUCUGACUCCGCCUUUCUGCUGCUGCUGCACUCGAACAGGUGGAGAAACAUUGCUCCUGCGCAGGCAUCAACUGCUGGUUCUCUGCUCCUCCAACAGUGUUUGCAAUAUUUAAAAAAGAAUAUUAAUAAACAGACCGUUUUUUUUAAAUGA